AUGAGUGUGCCCAAGGGCUAGAUGACUGCCAUGCUGAUGCCCUGUGUCAGAACACACCCACCUCUUAUAAGUGCUCCUGCAAGCCUGGCUACAAAGGGGAGGGCAGGCAGUGUGAGGACAUUGAUGAAUGUGAAAACGAACUCAAUGGAGGCUGUGUCCAUGACUGUUUGAAUAUUCCAGGCAAUUAUCGUUGCACUUGUUUUGAUGGGUUCAUGUUGGCUCAAGAUGGUCAUAACUGUCUUGAUGUGGAUGAGUGCCUGGAGAACAAUGGUGGCUGCCAGCAUAUCUGUGUCAAUGCCAUGGGGAGCUACGAGUGUCGCUGCAAGGAGGGCUUUUUCCUGAGUGACAAUCAGCACACGUGCAUUCACCGCUUAGAAGAGGGCCUGAGCUGCAUGAAUAAGGAUCAUGGCUGUAGUCACAUCUGUAAGGAGGCCCCAAGAGGCAGCGUCGCCUGUGAGUGCAGGCCUGGUUUUGAGCUGGCCAAGAACCAGAGAGACUGCAUCUUGACCUGUAACCAUGGAAAUGGAGGGUGCCAGCACUCCUGUGAAGAUACAGCUGAUGGCCCUGAGUGUAGCUGCCAUCCACACUACAGGAUGCAUGCAGAUGGGAGGAGCUGCCUUGAGCGAGAGGACACUGCCCUGGAGGUGACAGAGACCAAUGCCACGUCAGUGGCAGAUGGGGAUAAGCGGGUGAAGCGACGGCUGCUCAUGGAAACAUGUGCUGUCAACAAUGGAGGCUGUGAUCGCACCUGUAAGGAUACUUCAACAGGGGUUCACUGCAGUUGUCCCAUCGGGUUCACUCUCCAGUUGGAUGGGAAGACGUGUAAAGAUAUUGAUGAGUGCCAGACCCGCAAUGGAGGUUGCGAUCAUUUCUGCAAAAACACCGUGGGCAGUUUUGACUGCAGCUGCAAAAAAGGAUUUAAAUUAUUAACAGAUGAGAAGUCUUGCCAAGAUGUGGAUGAGUGCUCUUUGGAUAGGACCUGUGACCACAGCUGCAUCAACCACCCUGGCACUUUUGCUUGUGCUUGCAACCAAGGGUAUACCCUGUACGGCUUCACCCACUGUGGAGACACCAACGAGUGCAGUGUCAACAACGGAGGCUGUCAGCAAAUCUGUGUGAACAUGGUGGGCAGCUAUGAAUGCCAAUGCCACCCCGGGUACAAGCUCCACUGGAAUAAAAAAGACUGUGUGGAAGUGAAGGGGCUCCUGCCCACUAGUGUGUCACCCCACGUAUCCCUGCACUGCAGUAAGAGUGGUGGAGGAGACAGGUGCUUCCUAAGAUGUCACUCUGGCAUUCACCUCUCUUCAGAUGUCACCACCGUCAGGACAAGUGUAACCUUUAAGCUAAAUGAAGGAAAGUGUAGUUUGAAAAAGGCUGAGCUGUUUCCCGAGGGUCUGCGACCAGCACUACCAGAGAAGCACAGUUCAGUAAAAGAGAGCUUCCGCUACGCAAACCUUACAUGCAGCCCCGGCAAGCAAGUCCCAGGAGCCCCUGGCCGACCAAGCGCCCCUAAGGAAAUGUUUGUCACUGUUGAGUUUGAGCUUGAAACUAACCAAAAGGAGGUAACAGCUUCUUGUGACCUAAGCUGCAUUGUAAAACGGACAGAGAAGCGGCUCCGGAAAGCCAUCCGCACACUCCGGAAGGCUGCCCACAGGGAGCAGUUUCACCUCCAGCUGUCAGGCGUGGACCUUGACGUGGCUAAAAAGCCUCCCAGAACAUCUGAACGGCAGCCAGAGCCCUGUGGAGCAGGCCAGGGUCACAUAGAAAACCAGUGCGUCAGUUGCAGGGCUGGGACAUAUUAUGAUGGAGCACAAGAACGCUGCAUUUUUUGUCCAAAUGGAACCUUCCAAAACGAGGAAGGACAAAUCACUUGUCAACCAUGCCCAAGAUCAGAAAGUCCUGGGGCCCCGAAGACCCCAGAAGUUUGGAAUGUGUCUGACUGUGGAGGUCUGUGUCAACCAGGUGAAUAUUCAGCAGAUGGCUUUGCACCUUGCCAGCUCUGUGCCCUGGGCACAUUCCAGCCCGAAGCUGGCCGAACGUCCUGUUUCCCCUGUGGAGGAGGUCUACCCACCAGACAUCAGGGAGCUACAUCCUUCCAGGACUGUGAAACCAGAGUUCAGUGUUCACCUGGACAUUUCUACAACACCACCACUCACCGAUGCAUUCGUUGCCCAGCGGGGACAUACCAGCCAGAAUUUGGAAAAAAUAAUUGUGUUUCCUGCCCAGGAAAUACUACAACUGACUUUGAUGGCUCCACCAACAUAACCCAGUGUAAAAACAGAAGAUGUGGAGGGGAGCUGGGAGAUUUCACUGGAUACAUCGAAUCCCCAAACUACCCAGGCAAUUACCCAGCCAACACCGAGUGUACAUGGACCAUCAACCCACCCCCUAAGCGCCGCAUCUUGAUUGUGGUCCCUGAGAUCUUCCUCCCCAUAGAGGACGACUGUGGAGACUACCUGGUGAUGCGGAAAACCUCUUCGUCCAAUUCUGUGACAACGUAUGAGACCUGCCAGACCUAUGAACGCCCCAUCGCCUUCACCUCCAGGUCAAAGAAGCUGUGGAUUCAGUUUAAAUCCAAUGAAGGGAAUAGUGCCAGAGGGUUCCAGGUCCCAUAUGUGACCUACGAUGAGGACUACCAGGAACUCAUUGAAGACAUAGUUCGAGAUGGCAGGCUCUAUGCAUCUGAGAACCAUCAGGAAAUACUUAAGGAUAAGAAACUGAUCAAGGCCCUGUUUGAUGUCCUGGCCCACCCCCAGAACUAUUUCAAGUACACAGCCCAGGAGUCCCGAGAGAUGUUUCCAAGAUCUUUCAUCCGAUUGCUACGUUCCAAAGUGUCCAGGUUUUUGAGGCCUUACAAAUGACUCUGCUCACAUGCCACUCAGUACAAAUGCUCUGCUGUGGGCCCCGUGGGGCGGAGCUAUCCUCCUCCUGCAUGUCAGCACACGGUCGGAUGUUGCUGCCUCCAGUAUCAGUGACUCACUAGAGUUCAGUUUUUAUGGAUAAUACAGAUAUUUUGGUAAAUUGAACUUGUUCUUUCUUUCCCAGCAUUGUGGAUGCGAACUGAGAAUGGCUUUGAGUGGCACCGCUUCUCAUGGCUGUGGUAGAUGUCUUGGAUCUAGCAAAGGCUGGCUGAGCUGGACUUUAGUCAGCCUCGGUGAGACUCAUCUGACCUUCUGGUGUCUCCUCGAGGAGUCUGUGGUGGAAAGGAGGCCCAGAAGGGGCUGCUUAGUCUGAAACUUCAUCUUCCUCCAUUCUGGCCCUCCCUAAAGGAGCCCUCUGCACCCAUGUGCAGGCUCUGACCAGGUGGAACAGGCAAGGGAGGAGGGGAAGGGAGAGCCCUGCAGGUGCCUCCACUCACCCAAGACCUGGGAGGACUCUUUUUCUCCACAGACUUUGCCAGCCCGUGUGAUGUAAGUGUGAUCUUAGGGGCUUGAGUUCUAAGCAGUGAUCAUUUAAAAAUACUUAAAGCAUAAAGAAUUAGAAAUAAAAAGAUAAAAACUAAGCACUUCUGGAGACAUAAUCAUGUACAUUUAUUGCCAGCUUCUACCCUGCAGCAAAUGCACAGUGCCUUUUCAGCACCUUCAACGGUGCUCUUGGACACUCUGCUGGACACUGCCUUAGGCCUUCGAGGAUUCCAGGCAAACUGAUUUCCUGGGUGGAUGAGAAUCAUCUAUUGUCAUGAAAGGAGCUUUCACCACUGAGUCAGCACCACCAAGGGUUCUGCUUCCACCCGUGGGCUUCCCACUGCAAAGGGGCUGAGGGCCAGGUGGGCUCUGUGAGCCCCAGUUUGCCAUGUUUUCCUUCCUUUCCCACUCUGCUCCAAGGACGUGAUUAGCACGCCUACGGGUGUUGUUCUAAUGGUGACACCGCUCUCAGAAGCAGCUGCACAAACCCCAGCCUCUGAGUGCACACAAUCCUCUCACUUUGGGUCAGCUCGGCAGGGCCUCAUGAUCAUUUUCUUGAAGUUUGACUUUCAAUAUUAUUGAACUUUUAAACAUUUAAAUCUCCAAGCAAAAUCUCAUGACAUGAAUAAAAAAGAAUUCUAUCAAACAAGCUGCCACUUCCCUAAUGAAUGAAUAUACAACCAUCAUGUUUGAUUAUUCCAAUAACAAGUCUUUAUACCAAAGUCCUAAAAAUGUUUAACAAGUAUAAAAAAAAAAUACCACAAACCUAUUUCAUUACUGUCGAGCUGGAUUUUCACCUCAGUGUUAUUGUUUGUUUCUUUUUUAACCUAUUAAUAACAUAGAUAUUUUUAAAGCUCUAACCAAAAAUGUCUUCUUUAUUUGGAUGGGUCUUAAUACCCAUUUUUAGAUUUCUCUUCAAAAGUUUGAACACCUUCAUUUUUUAAAACUUUAUUAAAACAA